AUGUCGCUUCUCAAGUUAAUCAUAAGCCUGAUUUUGUCGCCAACUCCUCCGUCACCCUCACAAGAACUUCGCCGACCCAAGAUCGCCGUUGUCGGUGCUGGAAUCACUGGCGUCUCCUCUGCAGCGCACUGUGUUGGUCAUGGAUUUGACGUCCGCAUCUUCGAAGCUGGUGGCCGAGAUGCAUUGGGUGGCAUAUGGGCCAAAGUAAACAACACCUCUGGACUGCAGAUCCACAGCAUCAUGUACCGCUUCCAUCCUCAUGUGAAGUACGAUUCUGGCUAUCCAGACCGCCGGCAGAUUGUAGGCCAAGUCGAAAAGCUAUGGAAAAAUUACCAUCUUGAAGAGAAGACCAAGUUCAACACCAAGGUGGAAAGGGUCUACAAGAAUUCGAAUGGACAAUGGAUAAUCAACGACGACUCCAAUGGUCGCUAUGACGGUAUCAUCGCGGCUGUGGGUACCUGUGGUGACCCAAAGAUGGCCCACAUCAAAGGCGAGAAGGGCUACCAAGGCGAGAUUUUCCACUCUUCACAGCUGGACGGCAAGGAAAAGAGCAUCGAAGGCAAGGAAGUUCUGGUCGUUGGUGGUGGAGCAAGUGCUAUUGAAGCCCUUGAGUUUGCGACCGCUGCCAAGGCAUCGAAGAUAUACAUCUUGUCCCGCAGCGAGAAAUGGAUCAUCCCACGAAACCCGAUCAUCGACAUCUUGCUCUCACUGAACAUUUUUGGAAUGGAAACUUCAAUCACUGGAAUCCCGCUUGGCUGGAUCCCAGAGUUCUUACUCCGAAUGUUCUUCUAUCGUGACCUGAAAGACAUUGCACCACCUCCCGGCAGUGGCAAGGGUAUUUUCAUGGAGACGCCAAUGGUCAAUGACGACGUGCUGGAGCAAAUACGAAGUGGCAAAGCGAGUUGGCUGCGUGGUGACAUCAAAGGCUUCGAGUCGAGAGGCAUUCUUUUCAACCAUCGCGCACAAGGUGUUCCAAAGGGCGGUCCAGGCCGAGAAGAGCUCAUUGAAGGCGAAGUUUGCAUCAUGGCUACUGGCUACGAGCGUCCCUCUCUGAAGUUCCUUCCCGACGACUGCUUCGAGAAAGACUAUGAGCCGCCGAAUUGGUAUCUCCAGGUCUUCCCGCCAAAACAUCACGACGUCCUCGCGAACAAUUGCACAUACGUGAAUGCCAUCGGUACAGUUGGCAACUACCACAUCGGCAUCUACACUCGGUUCCUGCUGAUGUUUCUGGUCGACCCACUGGCAAGGCCAGUUGAAAAAUGGAUGAAGCGUUGGAUCGACAUGACACGAUGGGUCAAGGCCAAGGCUCCCACUGGAGCUUUCGACUUCUUCACCUAUGCCGAGCUGCUGUACUGGUUCGUCUUCGUCAUUUUGAUUAACCCGUUUCGCUGGAAGUGGGCCACAUUCGUACUCUUCGGCAUCGGAGCAUCGCUGCCGAAGAAGAUCGUUGAGCAUGAGGACAAAUUCAGAGCAUCGCAGUCAAACAACGCAAAGUCGGAUUGA